AAUCACAAUCCGCAUUGAACAGUAAAGGAAGAAGAAGAAGAUCCAGGAAGUGGUUGUCAACACUGCUGUCCGCUCUGUUUGCUUAUUUGGAAAGUAAUUCAAGUUGUAAACAUUUAUAUUAUUUAAUGCAUGAAUCAGAUUAUGUGUUAUUAGUGUAAAUGAGUGUUCGUCACUGACAGCCCUUCAUCAGCAGCAGUAGGAGGUUUAUUCAGAGCUGUCCAACACAGACUGUGGUCCAACAUGGCGGCGGUGGACGUGGAGGAUGAGAGUAUCCUGGCGUCGAUCUUUAAAGACAGCUUCCCGGACAGCUGGAGGGACAACCCGGACUUCACGGCCUACCUGUCCGAGCUCAGCUCCUUCGGGGUGGAGAAGCUGAGCCGGGAGCCGGAGCGGCUGGCCGAGGAGCGGGCUCAGAUCCUGCAGCAGACCCGGGAGCUGGCCUUCUCCAACUACCAGACCUUCAUCCGGACCGCAGACUGCACCGAGCACAUCUACAGGGACUUCGGCCGGGUGGAGAGCAGCGUGUCCCGGCUGCUGGACAAACUGCCCAGCUUCGGGGAGAGAUGCAGAGGGUUCAUGAAGGAGGCGGAGGAGAUCGGAGCCAGCCGUCGGAUGAACAGCCUCACGUUGAAUCGUCACACAGAGAUCCUGGAGAUCCUGGAGAUCCCUCAGCUCAUGGACACCUGCGUUCGCAACGGAUACUACGAGGAGGCUCUGGAGCUGGCAGCUUACGUGAAGAGGCUGGAGAAGAAGCACUCGUCACUGCCCGUCAUCCAGGGGAUUGUUCGUGAAGUGCGUCAGUCCACUCAGCUGAUGCUCAACCAGCUCCUGCAGCAGCUUCGCAGCAACUCUCAGCUCCCCGUCUGCUUGCGUGUGAUUGGAUACCUGCGCAGGAUGGACGUGUUCACGGAGGCGGAGCUCCGGGUGAAGUUCCUGCAGGCUCGUGGCACCUGGCUCAACUCCAUCCUCACUGCCAUCCCUGAAGACGACCCCUACUUCCACAUCACCAAAACCAUCGAGGCCUGCAGAGUCCACCUGUUCGACAUCAUCACCCAGUACAGAGCCAUCUUCUCUGACGAGGACCCGCUGCUGCCCCCUGCAGGCGGGCAGGUGUCGGUGAACGAAGCAGCCAUCUUCCACGGCUGGGUGGUGCAGAAGGUGGCGGAGUUCUUGGAGACACUGGACAGGGAUCUGCAGCGGGGUGUGGGAGGCCGCCUGGACUCCCUGCUGGGUCAGUGCAUGUACUUUGGCCUCUCCUUCAGCAGGGUGGGGGCGGACUUCCGCGGGCAGCUGGCGCCGAUGUUCCAGCGGGUGGCGGCAGAGACGUUCCGUGGAGCGGUGCAGGAGGCUGUGGAGAAGUUCCAGGAGGACAUGAAUCUGUACACGCUCAUCUCACUGCCCUCAGUGCUGGGAGGGACCAUCCCCCCUGUGGCCCCCAGCACCCAACCUGGCACCUUGCAGCCCCCCAUGUCCCUGCUGGACUUCCAGCCGCUGGCCUGCUUCCUCAACAACAUCCUGACGGCCUUCAACGACCUGCGGCUCUGCUGCCCCGUAGGACUGGCUCAGGACAUCACACAGUGUCUUGAAGACGGUCUCAAGCUGGUGACCCGUCAGAUUCUGGUGUUCCACCGGGCGGAGGAGUCGGCCUUCAGCAGCAGAGAGAAGGAGCUGUUUGUUCAGUUCUGCUGUGCGUACGCUGAAGAUCUGCUGCCGUUCCUGAACCGCUGCCUGCAGGUCCUGUUUCCUCCGGCUCAGCUGGCUCUCAUUCUGGGUGUUCCUGUGACUCAGCUUCAUAAGCACGGCAGCCUGGGCAGCGUGGACCUCUCCUCGAUCCUCGAGCCUCUGGACUUUGUGCUUCCUGAGAGAGAACCGUUACCCGUGGCGGCCCCGGUCCCAGAGUUCGACAUCAGCUCAGAGCUGGGCAGCCUGACGUUUGACCCGCAGCUCGCAGAAACAAUAAAAGACCCUGAUGUAAAGGUGGAGUCAGAGUCUCCAGACUCAGCAAAGACCGGGUCCGGUCUCGGGGACUCUGAGUCUGAAGUGACAGUGACAAAGUCAGAGGAGCAGGAUGAGGAGGCGAUGCUGGAGGAGGAGGAGGAGGAGGAAGAGUUUUCUCUGGAAUGAUGAGACGCUUUUAAAAGGCUUGUUUCUGCAGCUUUGACUGAUUCAUAUAAGGGGGUGUUUGAAGAAUCAUUACAGACUCUGGGACUCGUUGGUGUGUUUGUGAAUAUUUUAUAAAUAAAUUAUUCUAACAAAAGA